AUGUCAACGUUUGACGACGUUGAUUGGGCCGCAGUGCCCCGCGGGGAGCCUGCGUACCGUCGCCCUGAUGACGUGCCUACAGGACGCGUGACAAUUGGAGGUGGCGGUGGCGAACCACCCCCGGAGGUACCAACGUGGGUCCUUUUUUGUCGACAGCUCCGAUCGUGGUGCAUUAUUGGCAGCUGCCUUUUGCUGCUGCUGCUGCUGCUUGUCGGCUUUCCGAUCUGGAUGUUGAUAGACUGGUUGAAAACAGACAAAGAGGCAGAGAACUCCGCCCAGAUGUUUGCGGAAUUUUCCACGUGGGGCAACAAGGUAUCUGACUAUGUGGUUGAAGAAACCUCUCAAGCAUUUGCCCAAGUAGACGCCCGACUCGACCAGUACUUCCCCACGAUGCCCGUGGAGCAAAAAGCGGGAGUCAUGAACAUCGUCAGCAACAUGGGCAUUUUGGGAGCGGGGGUGUCGAAACUGGAGGAUGAUGCAUUCAAAGCAGCCGCAGAGAUUUUGUCCGGAUUUCUGCCCGACUUUGAAGAUGACGUGAAACGAUGUGGGCUCUUGACGUCCGUUUGUGAUUGCCAAAGAAGCUACAUCCCGAAGUCCGGGUCCUUGGUUGGCAACUACUUUCGAUGUGCAGUGAUUCUGCCAUCGAACGGCAUGCUCUUCCAGGGGUUCCUGAACUUACAGCCUUUGGUGGGAAGGCGCUUGCAAACCUGGAAUCAGAACCUGUACAGCGAUGCCACCGAGGGCAGCACAAAAGGAGUUGAUGUAACGUUCAAGUCCGAGGACCUCACAUUUUCUUUGAUCCCAGUGGUUGGUGGCUACCGAGCACAAUUGAAUUGCUCCUUGAGUGUGGCAUUGAUCGCAUCCUUCACCGCUUCCUUCGGGGAGAUCUUGCCACGGCGGGAAUUCCCAGCGCCGGAAAUUCCCUUCGCCAUUCCCAGUUUGGGCUUAGCUGUGAGCGUCCAGGGCUUUGUGGAGCUUAUCCCACCUGAGAAGUUGGAGAUGGCCGUGGAAUUUGAGAAGAAGUGGGUCACCAGUCUAUCAGGUUCUAUCGAGUGGAACAAGGGCUUGCACGGGUCGCGCGAGGGGCAGACGGCAGAAGUGUCUACCAAACUGGAAGUCAACAUCAAUUCAGGAUCACCCGUGACGUUCACAGUACGCUUGGGUGUCCGAGUCCAGUUUCAGGUGCUCUCUAUAGGCAUUGCUGUGACCUUCACUCCACAGGUGGAUGCAGAUGCGAAGUUGCUGGCGCAAGGAUCUAUUUCGACUUCACUGAUGAAGGCUCAGGAAGGUGGGCUGGAAAUGUCUAGUUGCAAUGCAGCAAGCUUUUUGGCCACCGGUUCGUUGGCAUACCAGCCUGGGGUCACGGGUUUUCUGGCAGAUGCCUGGCAGAACAUCAAGAACACCAGUGGUAUCAUUGCGAAUCAAAUCGACAAAGUGUGGCCGGGAUUCAUCGACCAUGCCACCAAGAUGGUUCAAAGUCUGCUUCAAUUGCUUCCACAGCCACUUGUGAGCCUGUGGAAUGGAGGCACACUACAGAUCUUCUGUUACGAGCUUUGGAAGUCUUGGAAGCUUCAACAAUCAUGCCAUGAUCAACUCCGUUGUGAUUUUCAUGGCUUUGGGCCUUUUUGGUCCUUUUGGUCCUGGCUCACGAAGCUCUUCCACGGGCCCCCCGCCUUCGCGCCCGCCUGCCCCGACGCCUUCGACGGAGUCGAGAAGCCGGGCACGCUCUUUCCACAUGCCGACCAGGCCAACCCACGCAACUACAUCGCCGAACUGGGAGAGUUUUGCGGGACGGCCACAAUGGUGAUGUGUACACCUGCCGAAGUGACCUUCAAUGCCUCUCCUACAUCUGCCAUACAGCUGCGAGUUUCCGUGGCAGUCACCCAGAUCCUGUGUCUCAGCUCCCAGCUCAUACAUCUGAAGACUUGGUCGUGA